AUGGCUGUGAACAACUCAGCCGUUUCCCUUUCCUCCCCUCCACAGGCAUCUCCUGCCGAAAAUGCAACUCAACCGAAAGAUACCUCCUUUCCUAGCACUCGGCCGAUCGGCGCCUCCGACGGCCAUUGCAUAGAUGAGGCCGCCUCUCAGCAUGCUUUACCCAUAAGCUCAUCUCCCCACAACGGUCCCGCCGAGGACACCAGGCAUCAACAAGGGCAACAUCCGCCAUUUCAGCCUUUCUUCACGUUGAUCCAAGAUGCUCAAACUUCAGAACACUUCCAUCCAACUGUACAUUACAUAUUCUCCGACGACGACACAGACAUAGUGACGGAAGCUGCUUUGCGCAGCUUAGGGACACAACAAGAUGGAUUGCCGGGGCCGAACCUUUCAAGAAAGGUGUCAGCCACAGCUCAUAGCUCUGAGGGACCCGUUGAAAGUCACAAACCUUCAUUACUCCCUCCGCCUAUCCCUGGCGUACACGAGCACUACAUCGUCCUCGACAUUGAGCCCGUUUCUGCGACCACCGGUGUAGCAGAGGGCCCGAGACAGGCGAUAGCCAUACCAAGCACUGCUGAGACAGCUGGCCUAGGGUCCAUAUCCUCAUCUCCCGCGAAAAUUGCGCCGCCGUCAGCAUCUCCUAUCCCGAGCAUGUCGCAAACCAAGUACCGCAUUACAUCCGCGAAGAGUUUCUCGCCGUCGUGGCAGGUACUGAAUAGCGAAUUGGUUCCAGCGCCAACCUUCGACAAUCACGAAUCGGGCGAGGCACCAGAGCAUGAGUUGAUGCUCAAGAUUCUAGGGACGGAAGGGCUACCCUUUGACGCAGAAAAGGAUCAAGACGAGCGCGUAAACUCCCGGCUGGAGCACAUGAUGGAUCAAUUUGCAAAGAGAAUGCGUGAGCUGCAGAUGGUGAUUGACGCAGCGGACAUUGCUCCCUCGCCUCAAGAAAAGGACGAAAAUGGUCAAAAGUCCGAUUCGGCCGAGCAGCAAGAGCCAACAGAUGCUCAUCAUGACAGUGGAGGGGAACCCAGCCUUGAAGACUGA